AUGGCAUGCAACGACCAUAAUAUAACUGUAAGCUUUUCUGUCGCUAAUCCGCACCCAAAGCGAAACUAUCCCGUAUUCGUCCUCAAGAUAUACGGUUUAUUUGAAACUAACAACCUACCAGAAAUGUCGCACAAACAAACGCCGAGAGAUUUCCUGAAACUUAUAAUUGGUAGACCAGUUGUAGUUAAACUGAACUCUGGUGCUGAUUACAGAGACGGUUAUAUGAAUGUGGUGCUAGAGCAGACAGAAGAGUACGUUGACGGUCAACUGAAGAACAAAUAUGGCGACACUUUCAUUAGAGGAAAUAAUGCUCAUCGACAACUUCUUCCAAAUACCAGUUCACUAAUUCACUUUUCUUUGGAGCGCCAACCGUUUGGUCAGAUGGAGCAUCAACCGCUGAAGACUCACUCCAGUUUCGUGCUUUAAAAAUCAACAAACUUGCGAUGCGUCUGUACUCUUCAUACGUUACUCGUAAGUGACCUGCUGUUGUAUCUGCUUCUGUAGUUUGCUAGGAUCAAGGAAUUGGAAAGUUAUUAGAAGUAACAGAUGGAAAAGGUGAGUGGAAUCUAGACGUUGAAAGAUGUUGAAAAAGUGUUUACCUGUUCAGUCUGCGGCGUUUGAGAGAUGUCUGGCUGUUGAUAUUCAUUCUCCUCUUCCAAAUUUAUAUCAGGUUGUUCGACUCGUAUUAUAGAUUUGUUUAAGAGGGAGAAUGCCUCACGAACAUGACCUUGAGUUACCUAAAUAAAUAAACAUCUGAUAUACCAAACAUUUGUAUGACAAUAUAUCAUUGAUAGUUUAAUCUGCAUCAAAACGAAACUAUAACGAGUGGCAAAGGUACGGAGAGUACAAUAAAUUAGACAAUUUUCUUUAAAUACUUUGAAAAAUUUCAUACUAGUACUCAAAGGACCUUAACCAUGUGUAACAAAC